AUGGCCGACGUGCAGAAGUUCAAACGUCGCCUCCACUCCUGCCAGGUGCCAUAUAAAACCGCUAGGCUCAAGGAGCACUAUGAGCCUGUCGUAUGUCACCGCGACGAGGAGGUGGUGCUCAAGGAGAGCGUCUACGAUGAAUACACCAACCACUUCUGUGACCCACAACAAUCGCUCUUCAGCCGGGCCGUAGUGGGCAAGAUGGUCAAGCGCGCCUUCCCCCAGGUGCGAUCGCGUCGCCUCCGCAUCGCCGGGCGCGUCGCCCAACACUACACCGGCAUCCGACUAGCCACCUUGGCCCAGCCUACGGCCACCACCGCGGCCCACCAACCCCGCCUGAACUCAGCAAAAACCGAACCCCAAUCGAGUGAUACCCUCGGGCGCUCAUCAACUCCAUCGCCUUCUUCUUCGUCAUCAUCGUCGUCGUUCGAUUGCUCGGAGAGGCGGUGCGUGCUCGAGGAGCUGAGCGACUUGACCAGUUCGUGGGAUUCGGUGUGCGCUGACGUGGGGCCGAGCGGCCUGGAUCAGGGACGACGAAGCUCGCUGGUGGCCUGGGCAGAGUCCAUCAUCGAACCACCAUCACCGCCACCUUUAGCACCCAUCGCCAGCCAAACAUAG